ACAUCUAGUUUCUUCAAAACUCAAGAUAUUGAGCAUUCACAUCUAGCAAUAAUUAAUUUCAAUGUUACUAAACUCAACCUUUCUUCUACUUCCUAGUUUCUUCAAAAAUCAAGAACUAGGAAGAACUAAUAUUCUUGGCCACAUAAAUGGUUCUACUCUUCCAUGUUACGCUACAGCUACAGCUACAAAUACAAAUACAAAUAUUUCUCAAAGAAAAUCAGCCAAUUAUCAACCCAAUAUUUGGAAUUACGAUACUUUACAAUCCUUGAAACAAGACCAUACGGAUCUACGAUAUGUUGAAAGGGGAAGGAGGUUGAAAGAGGAAGUAAGGAACAUGAUUAAGGAAGAAAAUGUAGAGAUAUUGGAGUUAAUUGACAUUGUGAAACGCUUAGGCCUCAACUACCAUUUUGAAAAGGAGAUAGGAGAAGCCAUUGAUAGGUUUUUGUCUUUGGAAAAAUUCAAUAAUACAAUUAUUCACACAAGUCUACAUGAAACUGCUUUGAGAUUCAGGCUACUUCGAGAUUAUGGCUAUGAUGUUUCAGAAGAUAUUUUUGAGAGGUUUAAAGACCACAAUGGAAAUUUUAAGGAAUGUCUAGUCAAAGAUGUCAAAGGAAUGUUAAGUCUCUAUGAGGCAUCAUUCCUAUCUUAUGAAGGAGAACAAAUUUUGGAUGAAGCCAAUGCCUUCACAAGCUUCCACCUUAGAGGCCUUAAAGAAGAUAAAAGUAGUUUUCUCUUUGAGCAAGUGAAUCGUUCAUUGGAACUUCCACUACAUCGUAGAUUCCAAAGGCUUGAAGCUCGAUGGUAUAUUGAGUCAUAUCAAAAAAGAAAGGACGCAAACAUGGUGUUAGUUGAAGCUGCCAAGAUGGAUUUCAACAUUUUGCAAUCAAAUCUACAACAGGAACUUAAAGAAAUAUCUAAGUGGUGGAAGGGGAUGGGACUUGCCCCAAGGUUAAGCUUUGGUCGUGAUAGGCUAAUGGAAUGUUAUUUUUGGGCGGUUGGAAUGACACCAUUUGAGACUAAGUUCAGUGAUCUCCGCAAGGGUUUAACCAAAGUGGCUUCUCUAAUAACUUUAAUAGAUGAUAUUUAUGAUGUCUAUGGCACCUUGGAUGAAUUGCAGCUUUUCACAACCGCUGUUGAAAGUUGGGAUAUUAAUGCAAUUCAAAUUCUUCCGGAAUACAUGAAAAUAUUCUUCUUAGCACUCUACAAUACUGUCAAUGAAUUCGCAUACGAGACACUUAAGGACAAAGGACACGACAUCCUUCCCUACCUCGUCAAAGCGUGGUCUGAUAUGUUGAAAGCAUUCCUACAAGAAGCAAGGUGGUGUCAUGAUAAACAAUUGCCAAAAUUUGAUGACUACCUCAACAAUGCUUGGGUGUCUGCCUCCGGUGUAGUUUUAUUGACUCAUACAUAUUUUCUACUAAAUCAUAGCCUAACAAAGGAGGGACUUGAAUACUUGGAAAAUUGUCAUAUGUUGUUGAAGAGACCAUCCAUUAUUUUUCGACUUUGCAAUGAUUUGGCUACUUCAUCGGCGGAGUUACAAAGAGGUGAAGGAGCAAAUUCAAUUAUAUGCUACAUGAACGAAAAUGGUGUUAGUGAAGAAGCUGCUUACAAACACAUCCAUAGUUUGCUUAAUGAAACUUGGAAAAAGAUGAACAAAGAUAGAGUUACCAAUUCAACUUUUUCAAAAUAUUUUGUAGAAAUAGCAAUCAACCUUGCUAGAAUUUCUCAUUGCACGUAUCAAUAUGGAGAUGGACAUGGUGCCCCUGAUACCAUAGCAAGGAAUAGAAUAAAGGCAUUAAUACUUGAACCCAUUGAUUAAACUCUUGAGGAAAUAAUUGAAAUUCUUAUAUUCUCUUGAUGCAAUUAAUGCCUUCUUAUUUUUUUUAUACAAAAAAUGUGUACUAGCUAGUAUGUUAGCUAUUUGUAAAGAAAUAAAAAUAGAGCUAUAUGUACAUGAAGGUACCACCAAACUAUUGAUUGAGUUUGA